AUGUGCCGUUCUACCCCGCGCUCAAAAUCUGGCUCCGAGUCCGAAGGAUUCAACUAUAAGAUUCGUGAUCUCAACGCUUUGGAUCUGUUAUCUGUGCUAUUUCUGGAGAUAUGGGCGCACAAAGACCAAGAACAGGAAAAGAGAGCGACUCAUUCUGCUGACGGUGAUGGGCCACCAGAUUCGCUCGCGAUGAGCUGUUUGCGGGGAGUUCCGCCGCCACGCGAUGCAACCUUGCAUUCGCACGGACGUAACGCGCAAUUACGCACACCCCGCACUCUUCGUGAAACUAAAAUCAUCUGUGGACAAGCUCAAGGGCGGACUGUGGCAAAAAAACUUUCAAUCGCCUUACGGAUGCGGGUUGACAAAAAGAAGUUGGACGCGCUCGUACGGCAGAUGUGGGGCCGGUUAGAAACGAAGGGAAAAAAGAAAACGCACACACAUACACGCAGAGGGAAAAUUGCAAAUGCAGAUGACCUGUACCGCAGAUGUACCACUGGUGACGGCAGCCAUUUACGACAUCCACCGAGCUCGGUCAGCAAGACCAUUAACGCGAUGCCACAUUUUGACUGCAUCAUCAUCAUGACCGUGAUACUUCUAGCACUGGCGGCAUGCACGCUUCGCGCAAUUUCGAAUACGGCGGGGGUGGUCGAGACGCGCAUGCGACAGAUGUCUCUCCGCGUCCAUCAUCUGCAUAAGAUAGAUUCGCCGUACAGCACGGACCGAUGGACAGUACAAACGUCUCCGAGGGCUUAUUCGUUAACAAAUACACGCGAUUACAUAGCAACGCUUGCGCCGAACUGCAUUGGAUUCGCCGCAAGCAUCUUGCUUUUUUGA